GCGACUGCAGUGCGCGGCUGACGGCAGAACCGCGCUGCUCUUGGAGAGGUCACUCCGGAGACGGCGGAGCCUUUGGGGCGUGGGGGUCGGUGGCAGUAAUGUGGCGCGUCUGUGCGCGAAGGGCGCAGAGUGCUGUGCCCAGGGCCGGGUUCAGGACUCGGUGGGCAGCCUUGAAGGAAGGCCCCGGCGCCCCGUGCGGGAGCCCGCGGACCGGCCCCGCUGCGGUUCGUUGCGGCAGUGGGAUCCCCAGCUAUGGGGUCCGCUCCUUGUGUGGCUGGAGCUAUGGCUCCAGCACCGUCCCGCGUAACCGCUUACUGCGACAGCUCCUGGGGUCGCCCAGCCGCCGCUCUUACAGCCUCCCUCCGCACCAGAAGGUUCCACUACCUUCCCUUUCCCCUACGAUGCAGGCUGGCACCAUAGCCCGUUGGGAAAAAAAAGAAGGGGAAAAAAUCAGUGAGGGUGAUCUAAUUGCAGAGAUUGAAACUGAUAAAGCCACUGUUGGGUUUGAGAGUUUGGAAGAGUGCUAUAUGGCAAAGAUCCUUGUUCCUGAAGGGACCAGAGAUGUUCCAGUUGGAUCCAUCAUCUGUAUUACAGUUGAAAAGCCUCAGGAUAUUGAGGCCUUUAAAAAUUAUACGUUGGAUUCAGCUGCCGCACAGGCGGCCCCGGCCGCAGCCCCAGCCCCAGCCGCUGCCCCCGCUGCACCUUCUGCAAGUGCUCCCGGUAGCUCCUAUCCCACUCAUAUGCAGAUUGUUCUUCCUGCCCUCUCCCCAACCAUGACCAUGGGCACGGUCCAGAGGUGGGAAAAGAAAGUGGGCGAGAAGCUGAGUGAAGGAGACUUGCUGGCAGAGAUAGAGACCGACAAGGCCACCAUAGGCUUUGAAGUACAAGAAGAAGGUUAUCUGGCAAAAAUCCUGGUCCCUGAAGGCACAAGGGAUGUUCCUCUGGGAGCCCCACUAUGUAUCAUAGUAGAAAAACAGGAAGAUAUAGCAGCAUUUGCAGACUACAGGCCAACAGAAGUGACCAGCUUAAAGCCACAGGCACCACCACCACCCAUCCCACCCCCGGUGGCAGCUGUUGCUCCCACUCCCCAGCCUGUAGCACCUAUUCCCUCAGCUGCUCCUGCUGGACCAAAGGGAAGGGUGUUUGUUAGCCCUCUUGCGAAGAAAUUGGCAGCAGAGAGAGGGAUUGACCUUACCCAAGUUAAAGGGACGGGACCAGAAGGCAGAAUCAUCAAGAAGGACAUUGACUCCUUUGUGCCUACUAAGGCUGCUCCUGCCGCAGCAGCUCCCAUGGCUCCCCCGGGUCCAAGAGUGGCCCCAGCUCCUGCGGGUGUCUUCACAGACAUCCCCAUCAGCAAUAUCCGUCGGGUGAUUGCACAGAGGCUCAUGCAGUCGAAGCAGACUGUCCCUCAUUACUACCUUUCUGUCGAUGUCAAUAUGGGAGAGGUGCUGCUGGUACGGAAGGAACUUAAUAAGAUGCUUGAAGGUAAAGGAAAAAUCUCUGUCAACGACUUCAUCAUAAAAGCUUCAGCUUUGGCUUGUCUGAAAGUUCCCGAAGCAAACUCGUCUUGGAUGGACACAGUUAUAAGACAAAAUCACGUGGUUGAUGUCAGCGUUGCUGUCAGUACCCCUGCAGGACUUAUCACACCUAUUGUGUUUAAUGCACACAUAAAAGGACUGGAAACCAUUGCUAGCGAUGUUGUUUCUUUAGCCUCCAAAGCAAGAGAGGGCAAACUUCAGCCUCACGAGUUCCAGGGUGGAACAUUUACAAUCUCCAAUUUAGGGAUGUUUGGAAUUAAGAAUUUUUCCGCGAUUAUUAACCCACCUCAGGCAUGUAUUUUAGCAAUUGGUGCUUCAGAGGAUAAACUGAUUCCAGCAGAUAAUGAGAAAGGCUUUGACGUGGCGAGUGUGAUGUCUGUUACGCUCAGCUGUGAUCAUCGAGUUGUAGAUGGAGCGGUUGGAGCCCAGUGGCUUGCUGAAUUCAAAAAGUACCUUGAAAAGCCUAUAACUAUGUUGUUAUAAUUUACCCGAGAACUUCUACACUUUCUCUGCUGACAUUAUAUUUAUAUGUUAUUAAACAGGUGGUUCUUUUAAAGUUUCACUAGUUAAUUUUAUUAUUGAAUCAGUCCAGAUAGUUUAUUUGUAAUAGACAUAAAUGAAUCUUUUGUAAAUGCCAGUUACACCCAAAUAUUGUACCCCUUUAAUAAUUAAACAUCAGUUUAAAGCUGUAGACUCCUAGUGAAGGGGCAUGUGGCCUAAGCCUUUGGUGAGAAGAUUUUCCUGGGGGUAUAGGAUGGACAGGAUUGUGACCUCCUGAAGACAGGCUCGUCAGAGUAACCUGGAUGAGACCUUGGAGUUUAGAGUUUAAUUGAUUCAAAUUAUUUGAGUGUGAGGGAAACAAAGUCACAAAAUUAUUUCUUAUGGGCGGAGUUUGAACAUAAGUUUUGCUUUGGAAUCUAAUCCUAGUUAAAGUCUCCUGUUACAUGACCUUAGUUUAUCACUCAAGGAAAAUAAGUGAAACUUUAAGAGUCAGCAUUUUCUUAGACCUCGUCAACCAGCUGUUAUUUUUAUAUGAAUCUCUACAUAAAAUAGCUUUCCCCUCAAGAUAAAGAUGUAAGCCAGCUUCUUGGUAUAAAUGAAAAUUUAUGUAUUUAUUUAUAAACAAUUUCAAUGUAUAACUUGAGAAUUCUGCAGUUUCCUCCAAAUAAAAGAACAUGCAUAUUGAACUGAACAAGUUGUAGAAGUAGAACUUUCCUUCUGAGAUGAACUGGAUGACUGUCCAUGAACCCAGCUAUCACAUGUUAUUACUCAGUUGGAGAACUCUGUGGAAUGACUAUGGAAUGUAUAUGGGAGAAGUGUACAUAUGUAAUAUAUGGUUUUAGAGUUGUAUAUGUGCCAAAGUUCAUUUAUCACCAGAUAUUGCCUGAAAGGAAAUGGGAGAGAGGACGUUACUGGGCAUUUUGCAGCGCUACGUGCAAUGCCCAGAACAGACACCUGGUGCUGUGGCCGCAGCUACUCACAGUGACAAAGCAGGAGGGUAGUUCAGCAGCAUAGCAAGUCUCUAUCUCGAUAAAACCAACAAAAGUAAUACCCAAACAGCAUGACAAUCUGUGGUUUGAGAAAGUUUUUAAAAGUGUAUAUUCAAGAGCAUUUGCUCUCUCACCCCAGUCCUGUCUCAUGUAAAAUAAGAGCCCACAGACCACACUGGACAAGAAAAAUUACAUAGGUUGUCUCCCUUCCUGGCCUGAAAGCUCUUUCAUUUUAUUGUGUUUUACCUUUCUGUUGGAAGGAAGCAGGCUGACAUGCAGGUUAGUAAAAAUAAAUUGGGAACAGACUUGC